AUGGGUGCAGAGUUGAUCGAAAAGUCAGCAACUGCCCGCUCCAUCAUUGCAGGUCUCCAAGCACACCUCGAUGAGCUUCCACAAGACUUGCGUCCAGACUGGUCUCUGGAGAAGGAUAUUUGUGCCGCAGCUGCGAAAUCUCAGGUAACCAAGGGCAAAUUCUCUUCGCUCUCGACUGCCGUACAGCUCAUGCUCGUCGAUCUGUUGAAGCUUGCAGGUGUCGAGUUCGACUGCAUCGUCGGUCACUCAUCAGGAGAAAUGGCAGCAGCCUACGCAGCCGGAUAUCUCUUGGCUCGGGACGUCAUCUGCGUAGCCUACUUCCAUGGCUUCUUUGUCGACAAGAUGGCUAGCCCCAACGGCGGUGGGAUCCCGGGAGCCAUGAUCGCGGCUGGCAUGUCGUACGAAGAUGCGAUGGAUUUAUGUGCGGAUAAGACUCUCAAAGGUUGCGUGUGCGUUGCAGCAGUCGUCAACUCUUCCUCGAGUGUGACCAUCUCCGGAGACGAAGAUGCGAUCGAUGAAGUCAAGAUCAUACUCGACGAUGAGAACCGCUUCAACCGCAAGCUGCGUGUCGACAAGGCGUACCAUUUCAACCACUUAUACCACUGUGCUGGCCCGUACGUCGAGGCUAUGCGAAGCGUAGGCUGCAAAGCUGUUGAGCCGCCAGCAGGAGCGCCUCUCUGGAUCCCGAGUGUGUACACCGAGCCAAUGUCCUUGAAGAUGGCGAUUAGCGAUGAAUACUGGGCAGAAAACAUGGUCAAGCCGGUCUUGUUCCACCAAGGUCUCAAGCUCGCUCUCGAAGCUGGAGAGUAUGAUCUUGCCCUCGAGGUCGGACCUCACCCAGCAUUGAAGGGCCCAGCAACCCAGACGAUCCAAGAAGUCCUCGGCAAAUCAAUGCCAUACCAGGGUGUGAUUCACCGCGGCACCGAUGCUGUCGUUAGCACAUCUUCGUAUCUAGGAUUCCUUUGGUCGCACGUAGGCGAGAAGCACAUCGACUUGCACGCUUUCGAGACGGCCAUGAGCGAUGACAAGUCUACUCCCCGCCUCCUGAAGGGACUUCCAAGCUACCAGUGGAGCCACGAGACCUCAUACUGGCACGAGUCACGCGCCGCGAAGAAGACCCGCAACCAGAUCCAGCCAUUCAACGAGCUGCUAGGAAGUAUGCUGCCAGACAGCUCAACACAUCGCCUCAGCUGGAGCCAACUGCUUCGAGUCAACGAGCUCGAAAGGUUAUCUGGUCACCAAGUUCAGAGCCAGACCGUCUUCCCCGCCGCUGGCUACGUCUGUACCGCACUAGAAGGGGGUCGUGUCCUGGCCGGCGAUCGCGAGGUGCAAGUCUUCGAGCUCAAUGACUUCGUGAUACACCAAGCCUUGACUUUCAGCUCCGACGCUGGUGUUGAGGUUCUCAUCACCCUCUCGGACAUCCGGCGUCUCGGCGACGACCGCAUCCACGCCAAGUUCACUUACUCCGCCGGUCUGGGAUCCGACGACAUGACUCUAGUAGCUGAGGCAGAACUUCGAAUUGUCCUUGGCUACGGCUUCGAUGGCGAUUUCGGAUCUCUUUCCACCCUGAGAAGGAAGUUGGGCUUGAGUCGUUGCGCUGUCAAGUCCGCGCAUCGCAACACGUUUGGCCCACCAUUGCUGGUUCAUUCAGCCGAAUUCGAUGGAGCCAUCCAGUCGCUGAUCUUGGCAUACAGCUAUCCCGAUGAUGACCAGCUGCUCACCAUACAUCUUCCCACCCGCAUCGGCAAGAUCCGCUUCAACCCAACACUCUGCAGCACUAUGAGCUACCUGUCCGUCGACGCGAAGCUCGGCUCCAACCCCUCUGCUGGCUUCUCAGGCGAAGUCAGCCUGUAUGCGAACAACCACACACGCGCAGCAAUCCAGCUCGAACGCGUCGAGCUCAAGCCACUCGGAGCCACAACUGCAAGCAUGGACCGCAAAGUCUUCUCCAAGUAUCAUUGGGUGAAAGACACUCUCGACGGCGAGGCCGCUGCCUGCGAUACCGUCGUCACAAGAGGACACGCCGACAUCCUCGAAGCUCUGGAGCGAAUCUCGACUUACUACCAAAAGGAGUUCGACGCUCAGGUGCCCAUGGACUCGCCGCGCUGGAGUGACCCGCAGCAUAUGCAUUACUUGGAGUAUGCCCGGUACAUCACGGAUCUGGUAGAGAAGGGCCAGCACAAGAAUGCCAAGUAA